CUUCUUCCUCAAGCUUCUCUCUCUUUGAUCUCGAGUUAGGGUUCCGAUCAUAAUGACGACAAACGACUAUGAUCACACGGCUGAGAGAAAUACGAUGGGGUCGACCUCGAAGCUCUAUGAGUUGGCGGGUGUCGAGGCUACGUUGAAUGAUGCACAACAACGCGCAAGAAAAGGAAAAGCCAAGAUUGUCUCUAAAGAAGAAGACAACGUCUUUAUCAAAAAGAAAAAAGAAGACGACGACAAAGAGAGCGAGAAGAAGAAAUUCUUCAGUCAUGUCCCCAGAAAGAUAAGGCCUGCGCUUAGAUACCCACAACCUAACUUUGAAAACCCUAAUGGGGCUUCUACUUCUUCUUCAUCGCCUUGUUCUUCAACCUUACCCCUCGAAAACUACAUCCCUGAUGAGUACAAGAAGACAGAGAUGAAAAACCCAUCAAACCCUAAUCACCAAUGGUCUCCAUCUCCGUGGCUAACGGAGUACACAAGCCCCACCGAGAUGCGUGAGAUGUUACAGAGAAGGAGUAGUGGUGGAUUCAAGAAACCAAAGGUAACUUUUUUUCCAAGGAGGACGUGGGAUAUGCCGUGGUGGCAAUUUCAGGUGAUGAGAGACAUGAAUGGAGAAGACCUGACACUGGUCUUAGAGAAGACUCUGUCCAAAUCUGAUGUCAACCCAACGAUGGGCCGUCUCUUAAUGCCUUUCAACAGCUUAAGCAGGAACGACUUCUUGACGCCUGAGGAGCGGAGUAUCAUAGAAGAAGAAGAUAUCGACAAUGAUGAUAAUGAGAAGAUGGAAGUGGGAGCCAUUCUCGUGGAUCCAAGGUUUGAAAAGUGGGGUGUGGUUUUGAAGAAAUGGGAGGUGGGGAAUCAUUCAGGAAAGGUAAGCUGGAAUUACUGUUUGACUUGUGGUUGGAACGACGUUGUUAAGGCUAAUGAUUUGAAAGACGGUGACAACAUCGGUGUUUGGGCGUUUAGGAGCGGUGAAAUCCUCUGUUUUGCUCUUGUUCCUCUUUCUUUUACCAUGAGACAGGGUAGAUCAUAUCUUCGUUUUUGAGACGUUUCUUGUGUCUGUUGAGCUUGAUUAGUCUAAUUCAGGCGAUUCUUGAGGUUUUUGGUCUAGUUACUACUUGGAUUAGUAAUUUACAAAUUAGGGUUUUUACUAUUGUGGUCGAUAUUACACUUUUGUGGGUUUCUCUCUUUUAUUAUUAGCAAGUCUCUUUUUGUUUCUGAUUCUAUUCUACGUUUAGAUGAAGAUGCUUUUUGAGUUUCUACUUUCUAGGAUUGUUAGAUAGUUUCCUUAACCUGAUCUUGAUGAGGAGUUACUGGAAAGUAUUGUAAAACCUAAAUCUUUCUCCAAUUUGCUUAACUAUGAAAACAAGUCUUUCUUUUCUUCCAAGUUAAGAGCUUCUUAAUCAGGAGGAACUAAGUUGUUUCUGAUCUAUAGUCUAUGUAAGAAUAUUUUAACAUGAAUCUGGUUUUGCUGCUUGGUCUACUUUAGUCACCGCAUCGAUCAAUACCUUUUAUUUCCUGUAAUAUAUAUCUCAAAGUCUA